AUGAUUCUCAAUCCCCCACAUUUUCCCGCCACCAAAACCAGACAACCCUUCAGCACACUCUCAUCACUCUUAAACCUCUGCACCAAACCCAAAACCCUCCUUCAACUCCACGCACGUUACGUCCUUUACGGCCGCCACCAAGACCCAUGUCUCUCCUCCCUCCUCAUCCACCGCUACGCCGCCCUCGGCCUCCCCUCUCUCUCCCUCAACGUCUUCAACUCCAUUCUCUCCCCAACUCGGCUACAUUACAACGCAAUCUUAACAACCUUGGCUGAGUCAGAGAGCACCAUUACGUUCUACAAUGAGAUGGUGAUGAAAGGUAUGUACCCUGAUGAGGGUACAUACCCAUAUGUGCUAGGGUCGUGUUCACGGUUUUUGGACGACUCGAGAAUGAAGGCGAGGGUUCAUGGGCAUGUGGUGAAAUUGGGUUUGGAUUCGUGUGAUGUGGUGGGUCGUGCUUUGGCUGAUAUGUAUGGAAAUAGUGGUGAAUUUGAGAAUGAAGGUAAGGUGUGUGAUGAAAUGCCUCAUUGUGGAUUUAAGUCGGGCGAUUUGGUUAAGUGGUUGAGGUCGAGUGUGGAUUUGAAGUCGUUGAGAGUCGGAAAGGCGGUGCAUUGUGUGGCGGUUGUGACCAAUUUGUGUGGGGAUUUGUCUGUGAAUACUGCAUUGUUGUCUAUGUAUGCCAAGUUGGGUGAGCUGGAGUGCGCCAAGUUGGUGUUUGAUGAAAUGCCUGAGAGGGAUUGUGUUGUUUGGAAUAUAAUGAUAUCGGGGUAUUCGCGAAAUGGGAGACCUGAGGAAGCACUGGAGCUGUUGAGAUUCAUGGUGAGAUCAGGGGUUAGGGCUGAUAUGUUUUCUGCAAUUCCUGCGAUUUCUUCAAUUGCAAGGUUGAGAGCUUCGGAGUUGGGGAGAGAAAUGCAUGCUCAUGUGAUAAGAAAUGGUUCGGAUUAUCAAGUGUCUGUCCAUAAUUCUCUUAUUGACAUGUACUGCGAGUGCAAUCGUGUAAGUUGUGGGAGAAGAAUUUUUGACAUGGUGAAGGACAAGACUGUGGUUUCGUGGAGUGCGAUGAUCAAAGGUUAUGUGACUCAUGAGCGGUCUCUUGAUGCUCUUGCUCUCUUUUCUGAGAUGAAAUCUGAUGGAGUUGGGGUCGAUUUCAUUACAAUCAUCAACAUCUUGCCUGCUUGUGUGGAUCUUGGAGCACUGGAGAAUGUAAAAUACUUCCAUGGUUAUUCAAUGAAACUUAGCCUUAACGCGCUUUCUUCUAUAAGUACAGCAUUUCUAGUCAGCUAUGCAAAAUGUGGAUGCAUAGAGAUGGCCCGGAAACUUUUUGAUGAAGAGAACAUCAAUGAAAAAGAUGUGAUCACAUGGAACUCUAUGAUUGGGGCUUAUGCAAAACACGGAGACUGGUAUAGAUCUUUUGAACUGUACAAACAAAUGAAGGGGUUGUACAUCAAACCAGAUCAAGUAACCUUUCUUGGACUUCUGACGGCCUGUGUAAAUGCUGGUUUGGUUCAAGAAGGGAAGAAGUGUUUCAAGGAGAUGAUUGAUAUAUAUGGUUACAAACCAAGCCAGGAACACUAUGCUUGUAUGGCGGAUCUACUAGGGCGUGCUGGUGAAGUCAAUGAAGCAAGUGAACUCAUAAAAUCUAUGCCUUUCAAACCCGAUGCUCGGGUUUGGGGCCCUUUGUUGAGUGCUUGUAAGCUGCAUUCAGACACAGGAGUUGCAGAUUUUGCUGCUGAGAAGCUUAUAACUAUGGAACCAGAAAAUGCUGGAAAUCUUAUAUUGCUUGCCAAUAUAAAGGCUGCAGCUGGGAAGUGGGAUGAAGUUGCAAAUAUCAGGAGAUCACUUAGGGAUAUGGGACUUAAGAAAACCCCAGGCUGUAGCUGGGUAGAGAUAAAUGGACGUCGACAUGAGUUCCGAGUAGCGGACCGAUCUCACCCGAGAUCAGAAGGAAUAUAUGCAAUGUUAAGAAAUCUGGAGCUUGAAAGCAAGGAAGCAAAUAUACAGAUACAUGUAUAG